GCCCGCAUGCAUGUAGUCCAUGAGCUGUCAAUGUACGACAAUCCAGCAUGAUCAUUGUGAUGAGCUACCGAGAACUUUUUGAAACAGCAUCGGGCAUAUACACUUGCAGGCAGGACUGGGACUUAGAAACAUUACAGUUCAAGUGUGGUGGACAGGAUUACCUUUGUCAUGGCAGCGUUUCAUCGGUUGUUUGUAUACGGAACUCUUAAACGGGGACAGCCCAAUGCUGAGCAGUUUGGUCCUAAGAACGGUGUCGCCAACUACAUAGGCCAGGCUCGGACGGUGCAGAAAUGGCCCCUUGUGAUAGCAUCGCAGUGCAACAUUCCAUAUCUUCUGGACAGGGAGGGGAUUGGAAAUAACAUAAUAGGUGAAAUAUAUGAAGUAGAUGAUAAGAUGCUACAGCACUGUGACGUCUUUGAGAGUUGUCCGCAGUACUACCAGAGGACAACCAUUCAGGUGCAACUCAUUGAGGAUAGUGCAGGGUCAAAGGUUGAGGGCAACAUAGACGACAUCUUUGUGUAUGUCCUGCGGGACUUCAAAGACUUCAUGUUGGAGUUGCCGCAGUAUGAAUGUUACGAUAGCUGUGGUCCCCACGGGUUAACGUACAGGUCGAGGUAUGAGCGACUGAGGGAGUAUGCUAAUCAUAGAUUAGAAGUGAUGAAAGAAAAGGCUUAAAGAGUUUCUAUGCAAUAUGGACUCUUUGCGGAUCAGAAGGUGGCACAGUGCAGAGAGGUCAAGCAUAUAUGGGGCACACUGCAUGCAUGUAUGAACUAGGACUACAGGUGCAUUUUGGAAUAAAUUAGUAUUCGAUUAUUCCAACUUGGACUUCAUCAAAUAUUCAAUUUCAAAAUGCAAUAUUAAAGUUAAACAUACACCAGCCUAAACUGCCCUCGAUUGGGACUUGAAUGCACCCACACUUGUCGAAAAAUUGAUAAAGAGCUUAUUGAACUAAAAAUAGAAAGAACAGGUAGUGAAAUGUUUCGGAUAUUUGACUAAUAUCAGAGAAGAAAUGUUGAGAUAAUUGUCAUGGAAGCUGUAUGUGAAGCUCUCAUGGAAAUUAUGUGUGAAAAUGGCUUUCAACAAAGGGUCGCACUUGACAAACAAUGUAACUAUGCAACCUGUGUGAUUAAAAUAACAUUGUGGAUGUCUUUCAUCACCUCUUGAAUGUUUUGAAGAUCUGAACUGGAAAUUCAGUUGAUGAUUGAAUACUUGAAUAUUCAGCAUACAUGUAUUUGGCACAGCCCUAGCAUGAACACUGGUUUGUGUACAUAUUAAGCAAAAUAUUUGGAGAGGGCGUUAGGCGUGUAUGUUCCGGCAGUGAUUAAGUGCCUCUUAUAUCUACCUCUUUGUCACCAUUGAGGGGUACUUGUGCACUGAUUGAGAGUCCAUUGCCACUAACAGUGGCUUUCUGAAAUAUCCACUGGGCUUGCAUUAGCUUAACAAUCAAUGUGUUUGUUAUAUGCCCCAACUAGAUCAUCAGUCCCAACUGCAGUUGGGAUGGCCCAACUUAGGUUGUGCCUGUCCAAACUAAAGUGUUCCAACGGGAGCACGUACAUUGUAAGUCGGGACGGUCCCAGCUUAACUUGGGAUCGUGGUACGUUGGGACAUAACAUGUUCACUGCCAGAUUAUACUGCAGCAGUGAAAGUAAAUCCACUUUAUUUAAUAGAAAAAAUUAUAAUGAAUAUUGAAAUGGACGGUUCCAUUUUUCAUUUUAAACCUUCAGAAGCACUGUGCCUGCAGUAAUUCAGAUACUGUCUAAAUUACUUUCCAUGUUCAUGCAUAUUCAACUUGAAGACAGUUUUACAACAGUGAGGCUGUUUCAGGUUUUUCUUUUUACCCGUGCGUUGUACUUUUUUUGCUGUUGUUGCAGUUUCUAUAGUAUCCACAGAAGUACUUUUUAUAGUGUAUUUAUAUUAUGUGAACCCACAGUACAUUGUACUCUUGAGAUAAUAUCAGUCACAAGAGCAUUCAAUUUCAAUUUCAUAUUCAGAAUCAAAAUAUAAUUUUUUUAAAUGAAAAUCCUCAAUUUUUUUCUCUUCCAUCAGCACUGAUGACAUAUCAAGUCCUGAUGAAAUCUAAUUCGACAAUGCAGUAUGUGCUUAAACUGACACAGUUUGUCUAACUUGAUCGCAAUGGAUAAAAUUGAAAUGUAUACUACUCAUUAUUCAUAUAACGUACUGCCUUUCUGUUUUUUAUGAGACACAUUUAAGAGGAUCUUUUGGAGGUUUUAAUAUGUACAUGAACUUAUAUAUUUAAUUCAAAAUAGUUUCUGUUAGUUUUUCCAUAAAGUGUUGCUGGUAUUGGCAACAGUGUUACCAGCAAGAUGCUUCUCUGCAUAACAUAAUUUGAAGAUUGUUGAGCAGAUUGGUAUUUGGAAUCUGGGAAACUUACAAAAGAUAUGAAUUUGGUUGAGUAAAGUUUUACAAAAUUAACCCCUGUUUACAAACAUUGUUUAUUAUAUCAUGUCUGUAACAAAAUACACUGUAUUAAAAAAAUUGUAUAUUUUUCCUCAGGUACAUGUAUAUAAAUUCUCACGACGGUAUGUUUGGACAUUCUAUGAAAAGCAAAAUUCUAUGAAUGAGUGAUAUGCACAAAAGGUCACUGAGAAAAGUGCCAUGCAGCUUUGUGAAAAUAUUAAAUUGGAUGUAUUUUACAAAAUGUUAAUAAUAAUAUAACAAAUAUUCAAUCAAAUGUUUCUAUAUUUGGACAGAGGGCUAUUCAUGUGUACUUUUGUUAUUUUUUGUUUGACUGAUUCACCAUUUUACUGCUAAGCCACUGUUUGAUACUCAGGAUGUUUUGUCUUAUAAUUCUUACAACAAAAGAAACGGGUCAUAUCAGUGUCAGCCUAAGAAUAAAGUGUAAACUUACACAAGUACAGUGUACAUGUACUUUUUUUGAGUGUCGGAAAAGAAACUGUUUUUAGUCUUUACUGAGAAUAAUAAAUCUUCACUGAGAUUUAAAAUAAAAGGAAAACCAACUUAUUCAAAGCAAGCAUGUCUUAUUAAUUUCAUCAUAUGGCGACCACUGAGAAAAGUGCCAUGCAGCUGUCUGAAAAUAUUAAAUUGGAUGUAUUUUACAAAACGUUAAUAAUAAUAAUAUUACAAAUAUUCCAAACCAUGUUUAUAUAUUUGGACAGAGGGCUAUUCAUGUGUACUUUUGUUAUUUUUUGUUUGACUGAUUCACCAUUUUACUGCUAAGCCACUGUUUGAUACUCGGGAUGUUUU